AUGCGCAACUCUAUUGAAUCUCCUUUGCGCUGGUCUCUGGUGUUUAUUUAGGGCGGAAGUCUCAAGUGCGGAUCCGGAGGCGCCUAGGCCGCCUCCCUCCGCCGUCUAACCCCAGGCGGACGGCUUUUUCUCUUGACCCUCCUGGAACCUUGGCCAGCUAGGGUUUCCCUCUGAGGCCUCCGUCGGGCAUCGUGGGCCGGAAACAUGGCUUCCUCCUUCCAUCUGGAUCAUUUGAAAAAUUACCGCAGAAGAUUUUGCCGGCCUUCCAGAGCCCCCAACAUUAAUACAAGACAAGGCCAGAAUGUGCUGGAAAUCUUACAAGACUGUUUUGAAGAACAAAAUUCUACAGAGUCAUUGCUUUGUACCACUCCUAAAGCAAAAGAUAAUUGUAAUCAGUCAGCAGGCAAAGAGGCAUCACAUUCAGAAUCAGUACCAGUUUCUUCAAGGAAGAAAGGCACUUUGAAGGUUGCUGCAGAACCAAGUGAAGCUGCUUGUGGAUCAGUUCAGGCUAAUGAAGUUCAUCAGAAAAUUCUGGCUACUGAUAAUGUUUCUAAAAGUACCGUGGACUCAAACAGCAUGUCGAGUGAAAAAACAAAUGGUCACCACAGGGCCACCAAUGAUAACUUUUGCUUAUCCCGUGGCUCCCCUGUGGUUCUUUUGGAUGCAAAAACAUCUGAAUUGCAGAAUGUUAUUUCAUCUCUUGGACAAAGGAGGGUGACUUCUGUCUUAAGAAAUUCAGUAGAUAAGAAAUCUUCAAAUACAGACAUUUCUCUUAAAACCAGGAAAAGGCUAAACUUUGAAGAUAAAAGUAUUUUGAACCAAGCAGAAAUAGUGAACAGUGUAUUAGAAGUAGAGGAUAACAUAUCAGAAGGACAAGAAGAGAUAUCAUCAGGAACUUUCCAGGAAAGAGGACAAGAUCUGAGCUAUGAAAUUCAACAACGAUCUAAAAAGAGUUUUUCAGCAUUGUAUUUAGAAGCUGUCAAGAGGAAAAAUGAAUCUAGUUCCAUUGUUAGGCAUACAGCAGCACUUCCUCUUUCAUCUCCUCCAAAUGAAGCGAAAUUAUUAGAAGAUGAAUUUAUUAUUGAUGAGUCGGAUAGAAAUUUUGCCAGUCAACCUUUGGUGACAAUACCAAGAAAAGGCAGACAUCUGAGACACAACUUGCCAUCCUCUGAAAACAUUGUAACUCCUGAAGAUAAGAAGUUAAGAGAAAAACCUACAACUGUGAUAAGUGAUUCACAGCCUCAGAAAUCUCCCUCAAUAGGGAAAUCUCAACCCCCUGUUGAAAACAUCCUCGGGACUAGUUGUACAGAUGAAUUAGAAAGUGAUUGUAGAUCUACAGAAAAUAAAAUGCAUUCUGAGAAUGCCAAAAAAACAUCUGGAUGCAAAAGGACUGUAAGACAGAAGCAGAGAAGAGUAUCAAAGCCUAAUGUAGUUGAAGAGAAGCUUAAUGUGGGACAGGGUAAAAAGGGAAAGAGGAAUAUGUCAAAUAUUGGCCAAGACAAGUUACAAGUAAAUUCAAAAAGAACUAAGAAAGACUGUGAAGAUUCGAGAAAUGAGCCUACUCCCAAGAAACAGAUGCCCCCUAUUGAAAACAAGAAAAACCAGCAUAGCAACCCAAAAGAUAGGAAAAAAUCCGGAAAGAAAUGUUUUUCUGGUGAAUCCAGGAAUACAUUUGUGCCUGAAGAAGUGUCUGUGAGUGUCAGGAGAAGUCAUAGAGUUUCUCAGCAUCCAUCUGAGUGGUGGCUGGUAAAACCAGAGAAAGGUUCUGUUGAUAGAAGUUCUUCAAGAGCAAAUGAAUCGUUAGUGGUGCAUCGCAAUAGAAAAAAACGGACUAAGAAAAAUCAGUUAUCUAAGAAUGCUGGGAAAAAGCCUCUUCCAUCAAAAAGACAGAAGACAGAGAACAGCUCAAGAGUACAGAAGUCUUUAAACGUUAAGGGUUCUAGAGAAAGUGUUAGUAGUCAUGAUGAAAUUUCUGGAAACCAGAGUAAGCCAUUGGAAAACAACGAGGCAGACCUAACUCUGAAGAGAAGUCUUAAUAUUUCUGGACCUACAGGAGGCUCUAAGCAUCAAAGCAGUAUUAUGACUUCACAGAAUAUUCAUUUAAAGUCUCAUACUGGGAAAUAUACAACUAGAUCAAUGGAGUCUAAUUCAGGUUCAGGAGAGCCUAAAAAUUCAAUUUGGGAAGAAAGUGGACCUUCCAGGUUCAAGGAUUGUGUAUUAUCUGGAAGCAAUAAUUUUGGAGUGAGUGAUGAAAAGGAACAGGAGAGUUUGGAUUUAAGAAUAAGUACUUCUAAUGAGCUACCAGACACAAAUAUACAUCACAAAUUAGUACUGCCGUCUAAUUCACCAAAUGUUCGUAGAACAAAGAGAAUACGUUUGAAACCUCUGGAAUAUUGGCGAGGGGAACGGAUAGAUUAUCAAGAAAGGCCAUCAGGAAGAAUUGUGAUUGGAAUAGUAUCCCCAGCUCCAGUAUCACCCAAAAGAAAGGCUAAAGGAAACCUGGGCAAAGUCACCAAAAAAGCUAACAAGAAAUGGAUCCGUCCUGAGAACCAUGAAAAGGAUAGGUUAGUGGUGAAUCUGGAUAUACCCCUAGGAGAUCCCUUUCAGGCAACAUUGGCAAAGGACCCAGAAACAAGGGAGAUUAUCCCUAUGGAUCUUAUAAGACCACGAGAUACAUACCAGUUUUUCGUGGAGCAACAUGGUUUGAAAGUUUUUAAAACAUUGGAUACAGCAUUUUUUUCUACUGGAAAAUUGGUUUUAGGACCCUAUGAAGAAAAAGGAAAGCAGCAUGUUGGCCAAGAUAUAUUGGUUUUUUAUGUUAACUUUGGUGAACUUUUAUGUACCUUACAUGAAACACCAUAUAUGAUAACUACUGGUGAUUCAUUCUAUGUUCCUUCAGGUAAUCAUUACAACAUUAAAAACCUCUUGAAUGUGGAAAGUUGUCUUCUUUUUACUCAAAUAAAGAGAUGAAAUAAGUGUAUCUGUA